AUGAAAUGCGGACUAUUUUUGUUAGUAGUAUGUCUAAAUACUUUUUUUGUUAACGCGUAUUUUGAAGUAGUGGUGCCCGACAGUCAACAUGCUUUAGACUUAAAUCUUUUUGAGGAGGUGUUGGAUCCAGAGCUUUGUGACGAACAUAACAAAUACAUAGCGAAUGAUACAUUUCUUUUGUUUAAAUUUUUCGAUGCUGGCACUCGAACUCCUAGGGGAAUACUCACUGGCAAUACACAAGACCUCGGUAAUUACUAUCAAUGUCUUGGUAUUAAACAAGAAAUACCGAAUUCGGUCAUCGAAGGAAAAUAUUGUAUGAUAAGCCUACCUCUUGAACAAAAUAUACAGUUGCCGGACUUACCAGAUUUACCAGAUAUACUCUCGCAAGCUUUACCUGCAUGGGAGUUGAUUCAUAGCAACCGUAGAGUUAAUGAUAAAGUAGUGAAAAGCUUGAAUGAAUAUAAUGCACUAAAAACUGGAGUUGAUGUGGUUUUUGGAGGACUAGGAAAUAAGAGUCUUGGCAGGUCUACCGACGUUGGCUUUCUCAGCGCUCUUUCUUUAAACCUUGCAAUUUGUCUGCCGAAAGUAUGUUCAGCAAAUAAUGCAUUAGAUACGUUUGUUAAUAUAACUGAUCUUGGUUUUCACUACGAGGAGCGUUUCUGUCGCCUUCCAAACGACAAGCCUUGGGUAGCUGGAGACUACGUAGCGAUAGCAAUCUUUUCUCUGAUCGGUCUGCUUUCAAUAUUGAGCACGGCCUACGACGUUCGUUAUAAUAUUUUUCUCCAAAAAGACCCGAAGAAAGUGAAUAAGCUGUACCAGUCUUUCUCAGUGUAUAAUAAUACAAAUCGUCUACUCACAAUUACACCCGUGCCUGGCGCUAUAGAAUGUUUAGACGGUAUUCGAUCAUUCGCAAUGAUGUGGGUCAUUAUUGGUCAUACAUUUAGCACCCAAAUAGGCAGCGGUAUUGUUGCCAAUCAGUUGGAAAUUUUUGAGUGGAUGAUGUCGUUGGAAGCUGUAUGGCUUAUGGCAGCACCGAUUACGGUGGACACUUUUUUUCUACUAACCGGCCUUCUUGUGGUGUAUACUACGUACGGAAAAGUAACACCCAUAAAACUUCUAAAGAACCUCCACUUAUUCUAUUUGAACAGAAUAUUCAGGAUAUUGCCGGUAUUAUGUGCAAUGAUUCUAUUACAAGUUUCUUUCUUAAACUGGGUCGUAGAUGGACCUUUUUGGGAGGCGAAAAUGGGUCACGUACAUCAUUGCAGAGUUUACUGGUGGUCUACCAUACUACAUAUACAGAAUUUCUUAAAUCCCAGUGGCAUGUGCCUCUCCCCCUCGUGGUACUUGGCCAUAGACAUGCAACUUUACAUUUUAUCGCCAAUCGUACUAGUGUGGGUGUUGACUGGAAAAAGACUUAUCGCCUGGACUGCUCUAUUAGUUAGCCUGAUAGCCGUGUUGAGUGGCGCCACGGUCUUUAACUUUCAAAAUAACUUUCCGUUUUCACCUGUUACACCAUCUCGUCCUCCAGAAGACAUUAUUUACUACAUGGAAUAUUACUACACAAACACAUUAACAAGAGCUUCUCCUUUCUUCGUUGGUCUCAUAUUCGGAUACCUGCUGUCUAUCUACCGCGAAAAAACUAAUGUUUUAAAUUGGGUGACUGCUGGAAUCCUCUGGUUCGUCUCGGGCUUUAUAAUCCUCGGUACAAUAUUUAUCACGUAUCCAUUCAUGCAGUUCGACUGGGACAACCUACUCAUUGACAAUUUAGUCAACUCGUUCAUGAGACCCGUCUGGGCUGCAGGAGUGGGCUGUCUUAUAUUUGUUUGCGCGCACGGAUACGGCGGUAUUGUUAACUGGAUAUUAUCACUCAAAAUGUUUAAAAUAUUGGGACGUCUAUCGUACGCGAUGUACAUCGUACACUAUCCAUUGAUGCUGCUACUGUUCCUGGCUGAUUUCUCGUUAGCUUUGAUGGUUGCGUUCCUCAUGACAAUAUUUGUGGAUCUACCUUGUUCUGUCCUGGUGAAGCACUUCAUGGGCGGCAGCAUUAAAACACCACCAGAAGACAAGCAAAAAUCGAUUGAGAAGGAAAGUCAGCAAGUAACGUCAGUUAAGAUAUAA